AUGGCGUCAAGCAAACGCCACCAAAAGUCAUUUAACAUGAUGCAUUCUGAAAAUCUUGAGAAUAGAAGAAUCAACAGAAAAAUAAACAAGCUGAAAGUAGAGAUGGCAGAGAUAAGCGAGCAACAAGAAUAUAUCAAACUAGGGCAAAAGGAAAUGAGAGAAAGGUUUGAAGCGAUAGAUUCAGAAUGUGACCAACUCAAAAAGGAGACAGAACAAAUAUCUCACGCGAGCGAGAACGUGCAACUUCGUCUCAAUAUCAUGCUUAAUAUCUUGAAGGCACAACAAGCGAAUGACUUUGCAAAAGCUGCCGAUCUUACUUGCUCUCUCGGUUUGGUCUAA